AUGAGUUCCCAUCAGCAGAAGCAGCCCUGCAUCCCACCUCCACAGCUUCAGCAGCAUCAGGUGAAACAGCCCUGCCAGCCUCCUCCCCAGGAAACAUGCAUCCCUCAAACCAAGGAGCCAUGCCACACGAAGGUUCCAGAGCCCUGCCACCCCAAGGUUCCAGAGCCCUGCCACCCCAAGGUUCCAGAGCCCUGCCACCCCAAGGUUCCUGAGCCCUGCCACCCCAAGGUUCCUGAGCCCUGCCACCCCAAGGUUCCAGAGCCCUGCCACCCCAAGGUUCCGGAGCCCUGCCACCCCAAGGUUCCGGAGCCCUGCCACCCCAAGGUUCCGGAGCCCUGCCACCCCAAGGUUCCAGAGCCCUGCUAUUCCACACUUCCGGAGCCAUGUCCCAUCAAAGUUACGGAGCCAGUCUACACUAACGUCCCUCAGCCUGGAAAUACCAAGGUGCCUGAGUCAUACCCCGCAGUGGUCAUUCCAGGCCCAAACCAGCAGAAGGACAACCAGAAGUAA